AUGGCCGACGCACGCGGGGAAUACUGGUACUUUGAGCCUGGUGUCGACUCGUCGAAGAUAACGGUGCCUGAGCUGCGCAGCAUCCUGCUCAAACACGGCGUUGGUUACCCGUCGUCUGCGAAGAAGCCGCAGCUGGUAGCGCUCUUCAACGAGUCUGUCGCCCCACAGGCUGCGCAAGUACAAAGGACACAUGCGCGCACGAAGCGCACUACGCGGGGCAUUGUAGACGUGCCAUCAAGCUCCAAUAGCACCGUCGAUGACGCCGAGGACGACACGUUGGUGGCCCCAACGCCUGCGACGAGGCGAACCGCGCGCCGUACCACCCGUGGGGCAACCGAGGACGCCGAAGACGCUGCACCCGCAUCGCGCGCAAAGACGCCAUCUCGCGCCGUACCUGCAAAGCACAGCAGAGCACUCGAACCGGAGGUCGACGAGCGCCCGGCAGCUAGACGCACUCGCAAGAGCAUCACUCCGGCCUACAAAGAGCCCACACCUGACCCAGAAGCAUGGCAUCGCUCAGGCCCUGAGAGUCCCUUUACACAAGAGAAUCCAUUUCAAAGCGGCAGCUCGCCAGCAGUCCCGGAUGCUACAUCACGCGACAAGAGCAGGAGGAGAACGCUGGGGUCUGAGCUAAAGACGAGACGCAAGAGCGAUGCACAUCGUAGACGCACGGUCGAGCCCAGCGCAGACCAGUACGAUGAAGGUAUCGUCGUGCCCUCCCGCAAGACGUUCGACGUAGCCGCCCCACACGCGAAAGAGGAGGAACACGAGAGCACGGAUGCCGGCGAGGAGUUUACACCAGAGGAGCAGCUAGAACUUGUACGAGAUCGCGCGAAGAGCGGACAGGUCGACAUACUGCCUCCUCGAAGGCGUAAGCAACCCUCGAAGGCAACGGGCACCCUCAAGGCGUUCUCAGCAACACUGCUUCUCACGACUGCUGCCGUCUUUGGUGGUGUUUGGAGGCAAGAGAAGGUCGAGGUGGGCUUCUGCGGUAUCGGAAGGGAAGCUACAAGCCUGGCGGGCGUGGAGGUGCCAGAAUGGGCCAGCGAUAUCCUCCCCCAGUGCGAGCCUUGCCCACCACAUGCACAGUGCUACAGAGCUCUGGAACUCACGUGCGAUCGUGACUUUAUUCGCAAAGAUCACCCCCUGUCUCUGGGUGGUCUGAUACCUUUGCCACCAACCUGCGAACCUGACAGUGUCAAAACGCGCAAAGUCACAGCAGUUGCCAACAAAGCAGUCGAGAUCCUGCGAGAGAAGAGGGCACAGUACGAGUGCGGCGAGCCCGAUGCAGAAGGCAAACUAGUUGAGACGCCGGAGGUCGCUGAAGAGGAGCUGAAGCAAGAGCUAGCCGCCCAUACACAAAAGGGCAUGUCAGACAAGGAGUUCAGCGAACUGUUCGAUCGAGCCUUCCCCGAGACAGUACUGCGAGAUGAGGUCGUCGAGACCAAAAAUGCUUACCUUCCUGUGGAUACAGAACUACCGGUAAACGACAUCUCACCUCAACCUCGCUCGCAAAGCUCUCCCUCACCUGUAGCGUCCGAAGAUCCGUUGUACAAUCCUUUGAACGACAUCUUCUCCAAAUUGUAA